UUUUUUUUUUUUUCUACAAUAUAAUCAAUAUUAAGCAUUUACACAUAUGACGGACUCUAUAAAUCAUAAUGUCUUGCAGUUUGUUUCAGCAGCUGCACAGGUUUUUGAGACACAGGAAGGUGAAGACUUGAAAGGUUCUGCGAGUGAUUUACGACAUUCGACUGAUGGUUUAUUCACAAAUAGUAACCACACCUGGGACAUACCUAAAACAUAUAACGACACAACAACCAAAGUGGUAGAACAAGUUGUAUGUGAAAAACCCGAUCAAAUUUGUCAAUUGUUGGCCGAAGCAACCGGAGAGGAACCAAUCAUUACCGCAGCUCCAGUAGAAACCGUAUCAAAUCAUAGCGAUCAAAGCGUCGAAGAAAGACUGAGAAAUCUAUUUCAUUUGCCCAAUCAUGAGAUAUUAAAGGGCGAAUGGCCUUGUUACAUUGUACAAUCUGCUAUCGUGCCGGGCUUUAUGUACCUAACCAGCAAUUAUAUUUGCUUUUACGCUUCAUUGCCCAAAGGCCAGAUUGCUUUCAGUAAAUCCGGUUAUCUUUUAUUAAAAAAAUCUGGAAAAAUGAAGACGAAUUAUGAACGCUAUUACUUUGAUAUAAAACAAGAUGUGCUAGCAUGGUUUGAAAGUUCUACAGAUACAUAUUCUCCAUUAGGCAAAAUUGAUCUCAAAUAUGCAUUGGCUGUACGUCAAUCCACAAAAAGAAAAUAUGGUCUUAGGAUAGUGACAAUGAAUAAAACCUGGCAUCUUCAGGCAGAUACACAUGCUGCGGUUAUAGAAUGGACAAAUGCUCUACAAAAGGCAAUAUUUAGAGCGAAAAAUAAUGGCAGCAGUUUAAAAAUCACAUUACCCUUUGAAAAUAUUCUGGAUAUUGAGCAAACAGAGGCAUUUGAGUUCCAAAGGUUUCUUAAAAUAAGAGCCGUUGGUAUUGAUGAUAGUUUUGUUAUGGAUGAGUAUUAUUUUGCAUAUUUCUCAGAUAUCGAGCAUACUUUCUAUUGCUUAAAAUCAGCAUGGGAACUCCAUUCUAAUCAUCAGAACCAGCAUCAAUCUACCGUGUCGCAACAUUUAAGCUACAUGGAAGACUCUGAAAACAACUCUCCAUCGCUUUCUAUCUCGGAUUUGUACGACGCUGAUUCUCAGCCUAUUACCAUUGGGUCUUCACUAUCCCAACCUGCUCAGCCUAAACGAUCCAAUUCUGUUGUGGCCAAUGCAUUGGCCGUUCCUGGUGUUCUCAAAGACUUUCUUUAUCCGUCUACGUCCACCAGUAAAUCCACGAUAAGGUCGGAUGCCUCGAUAAAAGAGGAAUCGUCGAGCUCAGGUGAUGAGGAGCAAUCACUGGGUUGGCUACAUGAGAAGCGUAGGUCUGGAAUGAAGUUGAUGUAUGGAUUAUUAGGAAGUAAUACAAUGGCUGGUAGUCCAUCCACUGCUUUUGAAAUCGACGAUGAUGAGGAUGACGAUGAAGAUGACGAUGAGGAUCAUACAUUUAAUCCAGCACAUACGGGGUUUCAAGCAGACGAAGCGGAAGUGCUGGAUGAUCGUACCAUGACCAACUUUAAAAAAUACUUUGUCUUGGCCGAAUCUGAAAAACUGUUAACAGUAUAUCGAUGCUCUCUAAUGAAAACAUUGCCUUGUUACGGAAAGUUGUAUAUCUCUACCAAUUAUAUAUCAUUUAACUCUAAAGGGUUUGCAACAAAAGCAAAAAUGAUUAUACCUUUCACUGAUGUUAUACGAAUUCAGAAGCUCAGAAGUAGGGGAUAUAUUUUCCACUCUCUUAGUAUUCUUACGCAGACAAAGAAGGAGGUUUUUUUGGAGUUUUCAUCCAUCACUCGACGUAACAGUUGCUUUGCCAAAUUAUUUUUGCAACAUAAGCGUGCUUUGGAAUCUCAACUUGAGCCUGAUCAGAUUGAACAAAACAUCAAGGACUGGGAGAUGAAGUUGAUGGAAGAUGAAAUCAAGGACAAUAUCGAAAGAGUGGUUCCAAAGAAUUCAAACCUGCCAAUUCUUUCACGUAUACCAACUGAAACUAUUGUUUACAAAAAACCGGAAAAGUCACUUCAUUUUACCUGUAUCACAAUUGGAACGAGAGGUGAUGUACAACCCUAUAUCGCUCUUUGUAAAGGAUUGAUGAAGGAAGGACAUCGUUGUAGAAUAGCUACCCAUGAUGAGUUUCAAGGCUGGAUUGAAGAGCAUGGCAUUGAAUUCAGAACUGUUGGUGGAGAUCCUGGUGAGCUUAUGAGAAUUUGCGUUGAAAAUAAUUUCUUUAGUGUCAAUUUUGUUGUGGAAGGUCUUCGACUUUUCAAGGAUUGGAUUGAUGACUUAUUAACAUUUUCGUGGAAAGCUGUACAAGGCACUGACAUUAUCAUUGAGAGUCCCAGUGCCAUGAUUGGCGUUCAUAUGGCUGAAGCACUACGUGUGCCGUAUUUCCGAUCCUUUCCCAUGCCCAUGACCCGAACAAGAUCUUUCCCUCAUCCAUUUGCCACACCAAAUAAUCCAAAAGGUCGAAUUUAUAAUGACAUGACCUAUGUUUUAUUCGAUCAUGCAAUAUGGAGAGCCAUUGCUGCACGCACGAAUUCUUUCCGACAAUCUGUUUUGGGACUACCUGCCACUAGCUAUGAAAAAUUGGAAGUAUGGAAAAUCCCGUAUCUGUAUUCUUUCAGUCCUAGUAUUGUUCCUAGCCCUCUUGAUUGGCUAGAUUGGAUUCAUUGUACAGGCUAUUGGUUUUUGGAUAAUCCUCAGACGGGUUGGACACCAGAUCCGGAACUCAAAGCAUUUAUUGAAGCACAAGAUAUCCGACCGAUUGUCUAUAUAGGAUUUGGAUCGAUUAUCGUAUCUGAUCCACAAGAGAUCAUCAAAGUGAUUAUCGAGUCUGUUCUGUUGUCGAAUGUAAGGGCAGUUGUAUCUCAAGGGUGGUCUUCCCGACUCUCAGAAGGUACAGGUAAUGAAGGUGAAAACAUGUUAAAGAAGCAUCCGGGUACUAUCUUGAGUGUCCAGUCUGUUCCUCAUGACUGGCUUUUCCCCAAGAUUAGAGCCGUUGUUCAUCAUGGUGGUGCAGGAACAACAGCUGCUGGACUCCGAGCAGGAAGACCGACGAUCAUCAAACCGUUCUUUGCUGACCAGUUUUUCUGGGGUGAACGUAUAGAGGAAAUGGGAUUGGGAAGGUGUAUCAAAAGUUUAACUGUAGAACAGUUAUCAGCAGCACUUCGUGUAGUUUCCACAGAUGAAAAUAUGCUGAAAAUGGCUAAUAGAGUGGGACAAAAGAUCAAAGCUGAAACAGGCGUUGAGACAGCCAUCCAAUGUAUUUAUCGCGAUAUGGAACUUGCGAAAGCUAGAACCAUGUCCUCGAUAAAAAAGACAUCAGCAACAGAUGAUGAUAUUAUGUCGGCUAGUUUUGGAGAUGAUGAUCAAGACUGGACCUUGAUUGAUGAUGCUGCUUCCGGCUCAAUUUCUCCCGGAUCAUGGAAACCAAAAGAUAUUUAAUAAAUUAAGGCUGGGGAUAGGUAGUGCGCGAUAU